ACCAAGUGACAGACAAUAAUAAUUAACAUUUUAGUUUCUUCCUGAAAAGCCAAAUUGACCAACCGGUUACUCUGCUCUGCUCUGCUCUGCUCUCUAAGCAAUAUUUAGACACAGGAUGAAGCAACUCUACACUUUCCUGCUGGUUUUAAGAGGUCUUUUUGUGCUGAGUAAGACUCAUUCAUCUACAACACCUUUACUCCCUUCCAUUGAAAGACCAGUUGCAGAAGGAAGAAAGCAAGAAAUGAAUAUGCAGCAAGGGGAAUCCCUCCGCUUAUUUCUCUUCUGUGGCCAAGAAAAUUGGAAUACAGAGAAAGUCUGGUGCAAAGAACAGCCGAACGUAUGUAUCCCCAGAAGAAAUCCUGUGAUCUUCUCAGAGCCAGAAUGGAAGAUUCUAACUAUGGCAUCAAAUGAAAAGGUCAAACUGGGAGAAUCAAGGAAAGGCUGUGUUUCUGUACACAUUCUAACUGUUGAAGAAAAGGAUUCAGGUCAAUACUGGUUUGGGCAACUGAAUGGCAAGAAUAUUGAUUAUUUGGUACCAAUUAAAAUAGUGGUUCACAAAGAUUUUAGUGCAACAACAGUCCCAUCUCCUACAUUUAGAACACCUUUUUUUGAAAGUCCAGAAUGGAGACCAAUACAGGUGGUGGUGGUGCAAGGAAAGCCUGUUAAUCUUGUGGGCUUCUGUGGACAGCAGUACUGGAAAGCACAGAAAGUCUGGUGCAAAGGAGAACUGCUGGAAGAAUGUGAUCUCAAAGCCCCUGGACAGCUCCUGGGACAAGGGUGGAAAUAUUUAACUACUGAACCAAAUCAAAGGAUCAUAAUAAGAAAUUCUAGCAAUGACUGUGUUUCUUUCCACAUGUCAGAUCUGCAGUUGAAAGAUAAAGGGAUAUACUGGUUUGGGUUUCUUGAUGGUUGGAAUGUUAGACCUUUAACAAAAGUCACAGUCAUAGUUCAAGAAGAACAGAAAAUAGGUGGCAAUAUGACAGCAAUCAACAAGAAUAAAUCAAGUGUUUACCAUGUUGUCCUGGUGGAGAGCUGUGCUGUGGCUGGUAUAAUAAUUAUCAUGUUCAUCACCACUCUGCUUGUCAGGAGGUUCACGAAAAAUAACGUGAAAGAUGGUGGCAGAAGUAGUCCAGAUUUUCUUGAAUGUCCCAUCUGCCACUGAUCCUUUUCAAGCUGACCUCAGGCUUGGUUGAUUUGGGAUAACACUGGUGGAUUAUCUCCAUCUUCAAUUACAUAAGGAAAUUCCAUCAUAGCUGACACUCGUGGACACACUGACUGCCUUUGAUACUGUAGAGUUAUUGAGUGUUUAGGUGUAACAGCGGGUACCACACCAUUGGUUUCAUUCUUUUUGUAUAUCGGGAUUCAAAGAGUCUUCAUAGGGAAUAAAAUAAUCAUGUAUUUGGAACCUGUAA